ACCAUAUGCGGCUCCUCCCCAAUCGUAGCCUGUUGUAAAGAUGGCGUCCAUCAUGGAGGGGCCGCUAAGCAAGUGGACUAACGUCAUGAAAGGCUGGCAGUACCGGUGGUUUGUUUUGGACUACAACGCCGGGCUCCUGUCGUACUACACGUCCAAGGACAAAAUGAUGCGAGGAUCCAGAAGAGGCUGCGUGCGACUCAGAGGAGCUGUGAUCGGCAUAGAUGACGAGGACGACAGCACAUUCACCAUCACUGUGGACCAGAAGACUUUCCACUUUCAAGCUCGAGAUGCAGACGAACGUGAAAAGUGGAUCCACGCCUUAGAGGGAACCAUCCUACGUCACACCCUCCAGCUCCGGGAGGCUGAGACAGGACUCGUUCCGAGUGUGCAAGACUUCGACAAGAAGCUAGCUGAAGCUGACGCCUACCUACAGAUCCUAAUCGACCAGUUGAAGCUGUUUGAUGAGAAGAUCAAGGACUGCAAAGAGGAUGAAUCACGCAGAAAAAUAGAAAAUUUGAAGGAGACUACUUGUAAUAUGGUAGAGUCCAUCAAGCACUGUAUUGUUCUGCUGCAAAUUGCCAAGGACCAAAGUAACGAACAACAACACGCAAACGGACUUAUAAGCACGAUCAACCCAGUGGAUGGGAUCUACCAGCCCCCCCUGGACCCUGUAGUAAACACCACAAUGCCAACACAGACCACACUACCUACAGACGCUUCUCAGGUGUGUAAAUCAGACCAACGACCCUCCACGUUGCCUGUUGGUCCCGUGGUCACAGUGAUGGGGAGUCUGCAGACCCCAACUCCCAACAGCACAGGGAGUGGCCCGUCCGGCCCCAGCAGCGGCGUCGCCUCUCCAACUCACAUCCCCCUACCCUCACACUCAGUGCCAGACUUCUCCUACUCCUCCAGCGAGGAUGAGUUUUAUGAUGCUGACGAGUAUUACCAGAGCAGCACUUCACCCAAACACUGCGCAGAUACCUCAGGGCCUUCUGCUGCCUCCACCGCCGCUAACGAAGAGACAUCGUUAAAAAGGCCCGGAACCACAGAGUCCCUCAACUCAACCAUGUCGAAUGGCACCACAGAUGCAGACAUGUUUGACAGCCAUGAUGACCGUGAUGACGAUGGUGAGGGAGAGUCUGUGGAAGAGCACAAGAGCGUAAUCAUGCAUCUGCUCUCACAAGUUCGUUUAGGCAUGGACCUCACUAAAGUGGUCCUGCCUACUUUCAUCCUAGAGAGGAGAUCCUUGUUGGAGAUGUAUGCAGACUUCUUUGCACAUCCUGAUUUAUUUGUAAGUAUCGCCGACCAGCCGGAGCCCAGGGAACGCAUGGUUCAGGUGGUGAAGUGGUACCUGUCCGCUUUCCAUGCAGGCAGGAAAGGCUCAGUGGCCAAAAAACCUUACAACCCGAUCCUGGGUGAAGUCUUCUUCUGCCACUGGGAUCUUCCAAAUGAGAAAGAAGAAGCUUCUACACCUGCGGAGUCGGUAUCAGAUGGUCCAGUUCCCUGGUCUUCUCCCAGCAGUGUAUGUUUCGUGGCAGAGCAGGUCUCUCACCACCCACCCAUUUCUGCAUUUUACGCGGAGUGUUUAAGUAAGAAGAUCCAGUUCAAUGCUCACAUCUGGACGAAGUCAAAGUUCCUUGGCAUGUCUAUAGGUGUCCACAACAUCGGUCAAGGUUGUGUGUCAUGUUUGGAGCAUGAUGAGCAUUACAUCCUCACCUUCCCUAAUGGAUAUGGCAGGUCAAUUCUGACAGUGCCGUGGGUGGAGUUGGGUGGAGAGUGCAACAUAUCCUGCUCCAAGUCAGGCUACAGCGCCAACAUCGUGUUCCACACCAAACCUUUCUACGGCGGGAAGAAGCACAGGGUCACAGCAGAGAUUUUUGCGCCAAAUGACAAGAAAUCUUUCUGCUCCGUUGAAGGAGAAUGGAACGGAGUGAUGUAUUCCAAGCUGGCAACUGGAGAGAACACAACGUUCAUAGACACUAAGAAAAUGGGCAUCAUCAAGAAGAAAGUGAGAAAACUGGAGGACCAGCUUGAGUACGAGUCCCGGAGACUAUGGAGAGACGUGACCCUGAACCUGAAGCUUAAAAACAUCGAUGCAGCAACUGAGGCCAAACAUCAUCUGGAGGAGAAGCAAAGAGCCGAGGCUAGAGAGAGGAAGGAGAAGGAGCAGCAGUGGGAAACUAGGCUGUUCCAUGAGGACGGGGAGUGCUGGGUCUACGACGAGCCGCUAUUAAAGAGAUUAGCCUCUCAAAGGCACUGAGAACGCCACGCCGCUCUGAUGAACACAGAAGUGCAAAAAGAAAUCUGCACAGACACAAGAGUCUUCAUAAGAACUCUUUUGCAAAAAAAAAAUACAAACAAAAAAAAAAACACUUCUUACUCAAGCCUUGGGAUGACUGAUUGAACCUGUACACUGCUUUGCAUCUGACUGUAUAAAAAAUGGAAAUGAAUGAAAGCAUCAGAGAUGUAAACAUGAGCUCUUCUCCUUACUUGGGCAAUUUCCUCUUCGCUGGCCAUUGAUCCCAUCCCUUUCUCUUCUCCCCUACGUGAAACUCGGCACCGCUGGGAGGGGAGGCAAGAGUCGAGCAUCAGCUUUACAUCCACACUCCAUGAUCCAGAGAAGCACUUGUUUUCCAAAAUACACGUUUCUUUGUUUCAUUAUUUAAGGGGGAGCAAGAGGUUUGUGGUUGAUGGUGUACAAUUAAAGUGAAGCUUGAUAAAAUAACCGGCGCUCUACAUCUCAGGGAAUCUGACUGAGGAAAGAAAGCUGCUGCACCCUCCCAGAGUCUGACAGCCUUAUAACAGUGGAGCGGAUCGAUCCUAAAGCGGCGGGAGAGAACUUCUCUGCUUGCCUGCAACUAGUUCAAACUGAUCUUUAUAUAUAGAUAUACAUAUAAGGAAAAUACAUAUUCUUUUUUUAUUUCCAAUUUUUUUUGUUCUGUUUUUUUCUGGCAAUACUAUAAAACUAUUGGGGAUAUGAACAUGAUGGCUUUCCGUCUUUUACGAGUCAUUCCAUUUUGCUUUUCAUCGUUUUGUUUUUAUGUCAGCGUGGCAUUUUUUUUUUUUUUUUUUUUUUUUUUUGUAUCUUUAGUGUUACCCAGAAGCAAAACAUGAGCCAUGGCAUCUAAAUCCACUGAUUAGGAGAGGUGAGAUAUAUAUAUAUUAAAGGAAUAUAUGCAAUUCAAAGUUUCAGUGCCAGUUAUGCCAAAAAAAGAUUUUAAAGGGUUAAAGAAAAAGAGAGCGGAGGGAUUUUGAGCUGCACAGCAAACAGUAACCAGAAGGCAUUCCUGAACAAAACGGAUUGUUUACAUGUUGUUCUUUCUCCAUAGAGAGGAUGUAAAGUCUCCCAUUUGUCCUGCAGAUCAUCUUCUCAUCUUGAAGCUCUCUCAAAGUGAGCCAAUAGAGUAGACUCAUCCGACUGGUUUCUGUUGUUUAAUAUUUUUGUGGUUUUACAUCCAGAUCCACACGUUGGUCAAUACUAAGCCUUUCGAUCACUGACUCACUGCUGAUUUUACUAUUUAAAACUGUAGUUUGGAUCUGAAUUUGGGGGUAAAAAAAAUCAUCAGAACAUGCUGAACAACGACAAAAACAACCCCUCUUAUUAGUAGUUGAAGAGUUAAUUAUCAAUUGAUGCAAAGACAAAAAAAAACUUGAUAUGAUCUAGAAAUUUACUACUGAUACUGAAAUUUCAGUGACAUCAACAUAAAUGAAAAGGCCUUUGUAAUUGUCCACCUGGUCUUAAGCUCAAUUUGAAGCUUUGCUUCUGUCUUUUUUGCUCUCCAUGUUUUUUGUAUAAGUUGUUGAAUAGAGGCCUUGCCUUUCAUUUCAGUAUUGCCUGAUAGAAGCAAUCAAAACAAAUGUAUUUCUUUUUUUAUUUCCUUCUCAUCAUAACCAUUGAUUGUAUCUGACUCUCCUGAUAAUUGAAACAUUAUAUUAAAUCUCUGAGAGUUAUUUUCUGUCA